GCGACAGACCGGUAUAUAUAUAUAUAUAUAUGUUUAUACAUAUAAAUGAAUACGUUUUUUUACGUCUUUAAACUUAUAAAUUUCGAGAAAUUCGUAAAAUGUGAUUCUGGAUGAAAUAGAAUUUGUGCAAUUAUUAUUACGUAUUCAAGUGAUAUUGUUUAAGUGAUAUGUUAUAAUGGAAUGUUUAUUUAUUAACACGUACAGAACUAACAAGACAUUAUGCUGGGGAAAUAUUGUUUAAUUUUAUCUAGUGAAGACGCACCAGUUAUUACAGAAACUAAGUUUUUAUUUAAAUAGGAGAACAAAAAAAAAGUUUCUAUUACAGAUAAAGAUAAAGAAAACAGCAAUUUGUUUAUCCAGUGUCCUGCAAUGAACGACAGUUCAAUACGACUAGUUAAUACACAUGAUGAUAAACUGAUACUUAAAGAUAGGAAUCAAUCAAAGCUAAAAAAAAGAAUUAGACCGCUGAAGAAAUUUUCUAUCACACCGAAGAUAGCCAAGAAACAUUUUAAAUUAAAUGUAAAAUCAGCAAAAAAAAAAUUAUUGCUGCACAAAGAAAAAAAGCUAGCAUUCAGAAAAGAACAGUCAUAAGAAACGCUGAUGAAUACUACAAGAACAUACAUAACUUGUCACAUGGCCGUGAUGAAAUUCCAGAAAAUUUUGUCGCAUCAGAUAUUUCAAGUGAAUGUGGGUCGCAUUCUGAAGAAGAGUUAUCACAAAAAAAAAAAAAAAACACUGCCAUUAGCCACAGAAAAAAUACCGUCAUCACCAGAGAGAAUAUUGUCAUCAGCAGCCGAAGAAACACCGCCAUUAUCAACGGAGACAACGCCGCCAUCAGUAGCUGACGAGAGUAGCCCACAUCCACCUGAGAGAACACCACCACCAAUAGUUCUAACACCAUCUCCACCACGAUCUCCAAGAGUAACAAAUAGUGGAGUUACGGAUCGUCAUUUAUCACCCCGGGGUAAUGGAGCUAAAAAAAUCGAAGCAAGUGUGAUUCAAAAAUUCAAUGACAUCUUUGAAUGUAUGGAAAAUAUUUCUAAUCGGCUAAAAGCGGUUGAGUCAAAGAUUGCUGGAAAUAAUAUCAACAAUGAUCAUGCGAAUAACAACAGUAAUAAUGUUAAUUAUCACGAAGGACAUGAGGACGAAUUCAUUUUGAACCCGGAUGCAAAUAGACAAGUUGAAAUAAUGCCCGGAUUCAAGACGAAUUAUACAGAUUGCGCAAAUGCAUGUAAUGCCCCUAGGAUUUCCACCCGAGCCCGAAGAAUUAUUUUAAGUGUAUGGCCGAUUGAACGUCGUGAAAAAUUAAUUUUACGACCGAAUAAAAAACGUCCAGACCACGAAGUUAUACAAGAGUCCGAUGUUUUACAAAUAAUUAAUUUAUGUUUAGCUAUGCAAAAAAUAAAAAAAUUAGACAACACAAAAGGCAAUAACGCUGCUUUGAAUAUGAAGCUGUGGAUCGGCAAUAUUUUAAAAAAUGAUCGCUCCUCGAGAAAAGGAACUAAUGAACUCGAUCCAAACAAUCCUGACGAACCUUUUAAUUCAUAAUAUAAAAAAAUUAAUAUAAAACAAAUCAUGUAAAACACUAAAUUACUAUAA